UUGAGCUGAUUCUGUCCCUUUCUCCCCUUGUAUCUUGUUUAAAUCCCUCUCUUCUCCUCGCAGUGGUUGCGUCAUCAAGGUUGAUUUCACCAUUUUACAGAAGCUUUUCAUGCUUGUUCUGCUCUGAAUGUGAGCUGACACGCCACACUCUUUUUCUCCCGUCAGCUCAAGCAAAGCGAAGCCAACGCAGACACCAAAGAGAAGCUCCCUUUACGACUCAGGAUCUUUGAAAAGUUCCCCAACAGACCUCAGAUGGUGAAGAUCUCAAAGCUCCCGUCUGAUUUCACUGUGCCCAGAAUCAGAGAGAGUUUUAUGAAGCAGUUUAUUGAUCGUCAGCAGCAGGAUACCAGCUGUUUGUUCCGCCGUCUCCCCUCAGCUUCGUCCUCCUCCUGUGACCACUCCAAACGAUCAGCCAUUGAGGACAACAAGUAUAUUGACCAAAAGCUUCGCAGAUCAAUUUUUAGCAUCCGUGCCCGCAACCUUUUGGAGAAAGAGACGACGAUCAAUAAAAUCCUACGGGCUUGCACCAGGCAGCGGAUGCUGAGUGGAUCUUUUGAAGGGCAGCCAGCCAAAGAGCGCUCCAUACUUAGUGUGCAGCACCACAUACGACAAGAGCGCAGGUCUCUGCGACAUGGAUCCACCAGUCAGAGGAUCAGCCGGGGGAAGUCGCUGGAAACGCUCACCCAGGACCAUUCCAGCACAGUGCGCUACCGCAAUGCUCAGAGGGAGGACAGUGAGAUCAAGAUGAUCCAAGAAAAGAAAGAACAGGCAGAAAUGAAGAGAAAGGUUCAGGAGGAGGAGCUGAGGGAAAACCAUCCUUACUUUGAUAAGCCUCUUUUCAUCGUGGGUCGAGAGCAUCGCUUCAGGAACUUCUGCAGGAUGAUCGUCCGGGCGCGCUUCAAUGCAUCAAAAACUGACCCGAUAACAGGAGCAGUGAAGAACACCAAAUACCAUCAGCUGUAUGAUCUUCUGGGCUUAGUCACUUAUCUGGACUGGGUGAUGAUCGUGGUGACCAUCUGCUCCUGCAUCUCCAUGAUGUUUGAAUCACCCUUCACCAGGGUCAUGCACGUCCCCACUCUGCAGAUCGGGGAGUAUGUGUUUGUGAUAUUCAUGAGCAUCGAACUCAACCUAAAGAUCAUGGCCGACGGUCUGUUCUUCACUCCGACGGCCAUUAUCCGGGACUUUGGAGGAGUGAUGGACAUCUUCAUCUAUCUUGUGAGUCUGAUCUUCCUCUGCUGGCUUCCUACUGACAUCCCUCCAGAGUCUGGAGCUCAGCUGCUGAUGAUGCUGCGCUGCCUCCGCCCGCUCAGGAUCUUCAAGCUGGUUCCUCAGAUGAGGAAGGUUGUGCGGGAGGUUCUUAAAGGAUUCAAGGAGAUUUUCCUGGUUUCCAUUCUGCUUCUCACGCUGAUGCUGGUGUUCGCAAGCUUUGGAGUUCAACUGUUCGCCGGAAAGCUGGCCAAAUGCAACGACCCGCGAAUCCUUAAACGGGUACUGAAAGGAACAUAAUCUCCUUAUAAACUUUCCCUUCCUGCACCGUACUCCCUGUGGAGAACAUCCAGAUGAAUAAAUAAAACUGGUUAAAUCCAGCAGUUCUGCUCGUCUACUAAAAGCAGCCUUGAUUCUUUUAUACAGGUUUUAGCUGAUAUGUUGUGUUAAACUAACUUUUAUUCUCUAGUUCUUUGACGAGAUUUU